AUGCACAAACACUUUUUAAUUUCGGAUAUGGCAAUGUUUGUUCUCUAUGCAGCCAUAUCAGCAACAUUUCUCUGCUCCCUAUACUUCUUCAGAAGCAGAAGAUGUUGCAUACACCCGAUAUUGAGGGAUUAUCCCAUCCUUGGCAUGUUACCACCAGUGAUCUUCAACCUGUGGAGGAUCCAUGAUUUUAUCACUGAGAUUCUGAAACUACGUGGUGGCACUGGGGAGUUCAAAGGGCCAUGGUUCGCCAAUAUGAACUAUUUGGUCACUUGUGACUCCCUUAACGUGCAACACAUGUUGUGCAAGCGUUUCGACAACUACAUCAAGGGACCAGAGUUUCGUGAGAUUUUCGAACCCUUUGGAGAUGGGGUUGUCACUGCUGAUUCAGAAACGUGGAAGUACUUCAGAACCAUUCUCCAUUCUUUGAUCAAACAAAAAAGGUUUGAAUCGCUUGUCGACCAAACCGUUCAGAAGAAGGUGCAUACAAGUUUGCUUCCGAUUUUGGAUCAUGCGCAACAACAAAGAAGAGUAGUGGAUCUUCAGGAUAUCUUCAAUCGAUUCACAUUCGAUAACAUAUGCUCCACAAUUGUAGGACAUGACCCUAAGUGUCUUUCCAUUGACUUUCCAGAAGUUGCAAUCGAAAAGGCUUUUAAUGAAUCUGAAGAGUCCAUAUUCUACAGACACGUAGUGCCAAAAACUGUUUGGAAGUUCCAAAAAUGGCUCCAAAUUGGUCAAGAGAAGAAGAUGACAAAAGCAUGCAGAACGUUUGAUGAGUACAUAUAUUCAUGCAUAGCGUCCAAGCGAGAAGAGUUAAGCAAGUGCACCAGAGAAGAAAUGGAUGAAGCUCCAUUUGACUUGCUAACUGCUUUGAUCAUAGAAGAGAGAGGACGCGUGCACGAUGAUAAGUUUCUAAGAGAUGCUGCGUUUAAUUUCUUUGUAGCAGGGAGAGAAACCAUGACUUCAGCUCUUACCUGGUUCUUUUGGCUUAUUGCUCAACACCCUCUAGUGGAAGCCAAGAUUCUUGCAGAGAUCAAAGAUACUUUGAAGGUAAAUGAAAAGAAAAAUUAUUACAUGGCCCAUGAUGUUGACCGAAACGACCAUCAUUGUCUUGAUGAGGAUCAUGAUCUCAACCAUUCUCUAACCGAGAGUGUUUUGAGCAUGGAGGAAGUGAAAAAGCUAGUUUAUCUGCAUGGUGCUUUGUGUGAAGUUCUGAGACUUUUUCCUCCUGUACCUAUUGAACGCAAGCAAGCAAUUGAAGCUGACACGCUUCCAAGUGGCCAUAGAGUUAACGCCAAUACAAUGAUAAUGUUUUCCUUGUAUGCAAUGGGGAGGAGUGAAGAGAUAUGGGGAAAAGAUUACUUGGAGUUCAAGCCUGAGAGAUGGAUAUCCGAGAGAGGAGAAAUUGCCUAUGCACCAGCUUACAAAUUCAUUGCUUUUAAUGCAGGACCAAGAAUCUGUUUGGGAAAAGACUUGGCCUUUGUUCAAAUGAAGAUGGUGGUUGCUUCUAUUUUGUGCAAGUACCGUUUCCAAGUUGUGGAAGAUCAUGUUGCCACUCCAGGCCAUUCGAUCAUCCUUCUCAUGAAGAAUGGUUUGAAGGCUAAGAUACUGAAAAGACAAGUUUGA